GUUGCAACUGCCUCUUUGAGAGAAAUGAAAGUGGAACUGAGAGAAUUGAAAGUUAUGGGACAAGAAGAGGGUGGCUCUGUACCUACAGCAACUCCGUUAUGAAUUGUAGGAUUUACACGGCAGUUUGUUGCUUCCUAUGCACUGGAAUCCUAAAGCACCAUAAUGGAGUUGCAACAGCAGGUUCAACCUCUAGUCAAAGUUGGCAGCUUUCCUGCUUGUUUGAGACAACUGAAACAAUCCCAUUGUUAAGUGAUUUCAAGUACAUCAGACAGAAUGCCUGGCUCCUGCUGAGUGGAACUGAAUCAAAGGACACCAAGAGACCUCACCCAGAAAAUCCUCCUGCUGCUGAUACCCUCAUGUUUAUCGUACAAGAGUCCUCACUGGAUAUUCUCCAACACGUGGAUGAGGAUACUGACAAGCUUGAAUGUAAGAUUAGCAGAUAUUUUACAGAUAACACCCAGAUCCUAUGGCCUGGGUUACAAACUCAACUUCAUAAACUAGAUUCAUGGUUCACUGGCACCAUAAAGCACCUGGAUGACAAAUUCACCGUUACAGUCUUUUUGGUACAAUCAAGUGCCAGCAAAGAGGCAGAGAUCCGACUCCCUGAAGAUGUUUCUCAAGGCAAUGCAGAUACAUUUUAUCUUUCAGGUGUAUUCUUGGUACGCACAGGACCCUCUCUAAUCCAGUCUGGCUUGAAUAAGGAUGUCCUCCUCAGCUGUGCUUUCUCAGUCGAUCACAACACAGGUGUCACCAUCAAAUGGAUAUUACAGCAGAAAGGGGGACACAAAAAGCUGAUAUUUGCCUACAAUGGAUCUACCAGGCAGGUGGAACACAAGGAUAAACGGGCUGAGAUGUUCCUAGCAGAGAUCCCUAAGGGGAAUGCUUCUCUCUUACUAAGAACAGUGGGAGUAAGAGAUGCUGGAACCUAUUCUUGCUCAAUAUUGGUGUUGUCAGUUCUUUGGACACAGAAUAUCCAGCUGGAAAUAGUAGAAAAGCCCACGGUGACCCUCAACGCUGAUGUCCUGUCUCUGGUGGAAGGAGACGAACACAAGCUGGUCUGUGACAUCAGUCACUUUUACCCUCAUGAUGCCGAGGUUCAGUGGCUUCAGGAACCAAUGAAGCAAGGGAUGCUCCCACAUGUGGUGACUCACGUUGUCUCUAGUAGUCACAGGCAGAACAGCGAUGGGACUUACAGCUUCUCCAGUUACUUCCUGCUUAAGGCCUCCCGCAGGGACGAUGGGCGUAGGUACGCCUGCCAGGUGGAACACCAAAGCCUAAAGCACCCAAUCAAGAAAAGCCUGACGGUGAAAGUGACAGAAUCUACCUCAGCAACUUGGCUCCUUGUCAUCCUAUUCGUCGUCCUUGCUGGGUGUCUUGUUGCAGUGUUGUAUUUUCUUUACCAAGGGAUGAGCACCAAUAAGCCAAAACCUUACUAGAGCAUGAGACCUUUCAAUCCAGUCAGGACCUGUGCUCCCUAGCUGAGGAAUGAAUCACAACACAGAGAGUGGAAAGAAAGAACGUGUGCCUCGGACUUCAUUCUGCGCUGGAUCUGCACCAGGAGCUCUAGAUGGUUUCUCCAAACAUACACUUUGGAGUCAUUUACACUUAUACAAGCUAUUGUGGUGGGAGUGGAGAAUUCUGAUUUGCACAAGUUGUAAAGGAAUGAAAAGUUGAGCCUGGUCUGGAUUUUUUUGUACUGCUAUGAAUUUUGGUUAGUGGUAUGAAUUUUCUUUUUUUUUUUUUUUAAACUGAUGCAGCCGGUAGGUAGUUAUGACAGUACAUCCCCAUAUGUGGACACCUAUUCCCCUUAAUAUGAUGCACUAAAAUAACUUCAUCCAUGCUAGUGGGGAUUGUAAUGCUGUAUGCUGGUAUAGUUAAUGCAAUACAACUUGUAUGCAGACAAGGCCAUAGAUAAGAUCCUUUAAAAUAAUGGGCCAGAUUUCUUGUUGCCCUGUCCCUUGUAUAAUCAUUUACACAAGUGCAGAUUGGGUGUGAAAUAUUCCCAGUCUGAUUUACUAGCAUUUUGCACUGAUUUGGGCCAAGUUUACCAAUGGGAGCGAUAGCAGCAUAGCAACCUAUAGGAUAUGAAAAAAAAUUUUCCCCUCCCCGUCACUGGAAGACCACCUCUGAAGCGAUGGUAACGAGGUUGAUGGAAGCAUUCUUCUGUCGACCUAGUUAUGGUGCUCAUCUAUAUAGACCAGGCCUUUGGGGGUAAAAAAACUAUACAAAGUGCAGGGCGGUAGAGAAUCUGGCUUUAUGCCCGCCAAGGGUUUUCACCAGUAUUUCUUAGUCAUCAAUCAGAUGUCUUGUAUUUGCAUGUUAGGAUUAUGAUGUCUGGGAGUUUUUGGGUGUGUGUGUUUGUUUGGUUGUUUUUUUUUUUUAAAGUCACAUGGGUGCUCGGGUACACUUAUCCUAGUAAAUGAACAGCAAGAAUCUUACUCUGUUCCCUCUGUCUUGCUUCCACACUUGCUGGUUUGAGCAUCUUCUCUGCAGUACUUGCCAUCUAAAACAACCUUCCUGAAUCUCUCUGCUUUAUCCUUCCACAUAUCUUCAAAUAUGUCUUUGCCCUGCUUAGUCCUAUUAAUUUGUCUCUUGUAGAU